AUUACUUGUCACAAAUUUGACGAAUUAGCAUUUUUAAAACUGUAUGGAACGAAAUGAAUGAAUCCACGACAAGUGACUGCAGCACACCCAAGACACAAAUACCUAUUAAAGGGAUUCUUAGACAGACCAGGGAAAGUGUAACUGAGAUCUUUACCAAGUACCGCCAAAAAGUGGGCAAUGGAGCUCUCCAGGCGGUUCAGAGGGUCAGAACUUCCCAACAAUUGAGUCUUAUAAAGCCAAGCUUGCGUUGUGAAACCAAACGACAACGCUUCUUUAAAGGAUAUGGUUGCGAAGAGGUGGCCACUGUGUGCCUUUUGGUGGUCAUUCUGUUGAUGCUCUUGUUUGGACUCUACCUGGCCAGGAACUACAAUCACGCCUUUAUCUAUGGAAAUGGCGGAUGCCUUUCGACGUUUUUGUGGACAUACGAUGAAUGCCAAAUAAUUACAUAGGCACAAACGGUUUUGUUUGUAUAUGAACUUUAUUGAUGCUCAAUUGGUUGUGGCCAAUAAACUGAUAGCCACUCAUGGAGCUCCCUUUUCAGCCAAAAUGUCAAAGCUUAAUUGCAUCAAUUUUACAAUUUUAAACAGUCCACCACUCAGACAAAAAGGGGUGACCUCCGCACCUUUAGCUAAUUAGGCCGUUGGCAGAGUGGCUCUUUUUUUUCACCGAUGGGGGGCGCUGCCAAUCAUCAAGCUGUUUAAAUAAUAAAUCACUUUAAAAUUAGUUUGCCAACUUGUGCAAGUUGAGC